GGAUGCGCCGUAAUCAUUUGCUUUUCUCAGAGAGCUGUAGGUUUCAGGGAUGUGUCGAGCCUCAGCGGGUUCAAUGUGGCACGUUCUCUCGUGUCUUUGUGUCGAACGUGGCUGAGCUCAGUGGCCUUUUCCUUUUUUUUUUUUUUUUUUUGACCAUGCACAAGUGGGUGCUGGGCUGUGGAGAGAGGGGGAGGAGGAGAUGGAAAGGGUUGUCCAGAGGCUUGCCAAAUCGGAUGAGAGAGCAGUAGGGAGGAGAUAGCACAGAGAGAGAGGUCUGCGAAAGAAUAGAGAGAGCCAGGGUGGGUGAAGAAAAUGGAUUGACGGUGUGUAGAGUGUUACACAAGGAAAAGGAGGGACUCGGAGGGAGAGAGAGAAGGUAUGGCGGAAAUAAAAGGAUAAAGGCGGUGGUUGUGGUUUGUGUCACAUGAUCUCCCUGGCAGGCUGUAGCCUAGUGAACUCCAGGUGGCAGAGGGAACCGAGAUGCACAGAGAACGAGGGAGUGGGUCCCGCUAGCGAGGCUCGCCACAAGACAACUGAAAUUCACACAUCUCUAUUUCCACUCUUCUCUCUCCUUUAGGAUUUUUUUUUUUUUUUUUUUUUUUUUUUACCGGUCCCGCUUGGCCCCACUCCUCUCCACUCCUGGCCCCAGCAGGCCAGGGAAUGUCCCGGCGGCGAGAUGCCUUACGUGGACCGACAGAACCGCAACUGUGGCUUCCUGGACAUCGAGGAGAACGAGAGCAGUGGCAAGUUCCUGCGCCGUUACUUCAUCCUGGACACGCAGCAGGGGAGCUUGGUUUGGUUCAUGGACAACCCGCAGAACCUACCUGUUGGUACGGACUGUGUUGGCUCCCUCAAACUCACCUACAUCUCUAAGGUCAGCGACGCCACCAAGCUGAGGCCUAAGGCAGAGUUUUGCUUCGUCAUCAACGCUGGGAUGAGAAAGUUCUUCCUGCAGGCCAAUGAUCAGCAGGACCUGGUGGACUGGGUCAACGCUCUCAAUAAAGCCACCAAGAUCACUGUGCCAAAGUUAGCUGAUGGGCAGCAGAAUGCAGAGAACCAGAAGGCUUUACCGGAUGUCGUAGGGCCCAAAAAACAAGUCUCCUAUAAGACUGAGAUCAUUGGAGGAGUCCCCAUCGUCACACAGACCCAGCAUGACGGAGGUGAAGCUGCAGGCCGACUGGAGCGUGAGGCCAUGCAUCGGUCCCACAGCCAACUGCCGUACUUCCUGGGCAGGCCGACUCAGGAGCACGCCGUCAUCAAGUCGGGCUUCUGCGUCAAGCAGGGAGCUGUGAUGAGGAAUUGGAAACGGCGAUAUUUCCUUCUGGAGGAAAACUCAAUGAGUUACUUCAAGUCAGAUUUGGAGAAAGAGCCGCUGAGAAUGAUCCCACUGAAGGAGGUUCACAAAGUCCAUGAGUGCAAACAGAGUGACAUUAUGAUGAGAGAUAAUCUGUUUGAAGUCGUCACCACAUCCAGGACCUUUUACAUCCAGGCGGACAGCCAAGAGGAGAUGCACAGCUGGAUUAAGGCUGUCUCGGGGGCCAUUGUGGCCCAGCGGGGGCCUGGGAGGUCUGCUGCCACAGACCACGGCGGCCGCUCCGCUUUCUACCGCAGCCCCGCGGGGCCCCCCGUCCCUCGCUCGCCCAUAUCUGCCGUGCCGUCGUGCGACCCCGAGUGGGGGGCCGCCGUCGCGUGCAGCGCACGCUCGCAGCCUGGCGUGGGACAGCGAGCACUUCAUGAGCCUGCUGCCACGGCCCAGUCACAGCCGCACGCCGGCACGCCUGUCCCUGCAGGAGACGCGCCUGGCCAAGUGACCCGCGAGCCGCCUCCGGCCACCGGCGGUCUCCCCGAGGAGUCGCCGUGGCGACGGCGGAGCAACUUUGAGCCCCGCGUGCCGGAGCCGCCCGUGGACCUGGACGACGCGGACCUGCCAGUGAGCGAGGUCUGAGCCGCCGAACUGGACGUUGGAACGUGCUGAUCUGGUUGGACGUGAAGAGAUUUAAAGAGGAAGCCGUGCGCGUGAUGUGAUGGCGUUAAUAAAAAAAGGGGGCAGGCGUUGGUUUUCAUGCCACAGCUGGCAGAAGCCGAGAGACGACUCCCGUCUUGAGCUCCUCCGUCGGUGUGCUGAAGAUGAAGGUUGUGUCACCGCCACUGAACUGCAGUCGUGUGCCAAAGACGAGCCGGUCUCCACCCAAACCCCCUCCGCCUCCCUGCUGUUGCAUUACAUCCAUGUAUUUAUUUACCGAGAGUUGAUGUCGCCAAACAAAACUACAAAUUCUAGUGAACGUGUGCUGAUUAGAAUUCAGUGACGGAGCUUUAUUUUAAUCUGCACAGGCACAAUGACGUGAUGGAGGAUUUUUGUAAACCACUUUGUGCCAAGAAUAUGAUGAGGAGGAGGAGGAGAGGGAGAGCAAACUGAGAACUGGCCUUUCAUCACCUCCUUAUUUACUAAUUUCACUCUCGCUAUCGUACGCCUCUGGAUGUGUCGACUGUUUGCCAGCGAUGGAGAUAUGGGUCAAGCCGACUCUGAGGUCAGAUUCUCUCGAAUGCAAAUUGCAAUUCAUAGAUUCAGAACUGUUCUAGGACGAGAUGCAAAAAAACGUCAAUUUGUCUGUGACCUGUAAUAAUGCAUCUGAAUUGUGUUGCAGCCGCCUUGUUUCUAAGCCUGUUCUCGGUAUUCUUUUAAUGGAUCGGUGGGUUAAAAUAAAAGUGUCCUCCGUGUGAUUACUGUCGUGUGCUUCAUGCUAAAGUAGCUUACAUGUACUUCUACAAUGAAUACCUUUUACAGUUAUUCACAGGUGAAGUGAGCGACCGGUGCAUUUUGAACCCUACAAGCAUCCUGUCACAUCCUAAAUUGGCCUCCUUUUUUUUUCCUACACUGGACUCACUUUUAUGAUUCUGGGUGAUGUGGGAAGUAAACGAUAAGUACAAGGGAGGCUUGUGUGCGUUUUCUAAUUCACAGUAAUAAAGCGUCAUCAGUCGAUGUCCUGAUGCAGUGGAUGAGAACUGGCUCAGAUGAGUCGACUCAUUUACAGACGAGGACUGUAGAAACGCCACGCAAACAUUUCAAAUCAUUGUUUAACCGGACAUAAUAAUAAUCUGUGAGAACAUUCAUGAAAGCAUUCACGCUCAGACACUCCCGUUGCAUGUUAACAUUUUAAUGGUUCCUCAGAUUCUUGUGUUUUUAGUUUCAAUCUACGGCCGCUCUGUGUGUCGUGUGUUUGCAGAAUUUGAGCUGGCUGCAGCAGAUUUAUUUUUGAUAUGCUUUUAGAUGUUUCUUGAUCUGAUUCUGUGUACCUGUGUAGCUAGCUCUUAUUUAAUGUCUCACUGUAGUCUUGAUAAAUAAUACACACUAAUGAGUUCUUUUUUUUUAAGUGCCUGCUUCCUUUCCACCCGACCAAGUCAACCACCCCUUUUCACUCUGGUGUAAUUAGUUUGAAUUGUCUAUUUAUUAUGUGGAUGACUUGAAAGAAAUAAACACUGAACAUGUGA